AUGUCGGCCCGUCUCCACAAAGGGUUGUCGAGCGUCCUCGCCAAAUCCCCCUCUGACACUGUCAUCCUCUCUUCUGUCCGUACACCUAUCUGUCGCUCUUAUAAGGGCCAGUUGAAGGAUGCUUAUCCUGAGGAACUUCUUGCCAGCGUUCUCAAGGCUACGCUAAAGGCGCAUCCUGAAGCUCCUGUCGACGAUGUAGCCGUUGGUGUCGUGCUCUCUGAGCUCGGCGGCUCGAAAGCUGCGCGCAUGGCGCUCAACCAUGUCGGUUUCAAGAACACUACCAGCCUGUACACUGUGAACCGCGCCUGCUCUAGUUCGUUGCAGGCUAUUGCUGCUGUGUCGGCGCAGAUUCAGACUGGUAUGAUUGACACGGGUAUUGCGGCGGGUAUGGAGAGUAUGACGAGAAAUUAUGGUUCCAGAGCUAUCCCUGUGGAUGUCUGGCCGGAACUGAAGGAGUCUGAGAACAGACAUGCGCGCGAUUGCAUUAUGCCUAUGGGUUUGACAUCAGAGAACGUCGCGUCGCGAUAUAACGUGUCGAGAGCGGACCAGGAUGCCAUGGCUGUUGAGUCGCACCGUCGUGCCGCACGAGCUCGAAGUGAAGGACGCUUCGCGCAGGAGAUUGUUCCCGUUGAGACACGCUUCCAGGAGGUUGACAAGCAGGGUAACAAGGUCGGCGAGGAGAAGCGCAUUACUGUUACUGCGGACGAUGGUAUCCGCGAGGGCGUCACCAUCGAGGCUCUCCAGAAGCUCAAACCUGCUUUUAAAGCAGACGGAACAUCCACAGCUGGAAACUCAAGCCAAGUCUCCGACGGUGCCGCCGCAACACUCCUCAUGCGUCGAAGCACAGCCACCGCUCUCGGUCUACAAGAUCAAAUCAUCGGUAAAUUUGUUUCCGCUGUUACAGUAGGCUGCGACCCUGAUGAGAUGGGUAUCGGCCCCGCCAUCGCCAUCCCCAAGCUACUCGACCAAGUCGGUCUUACAACAGAAGAUGUUUCGCGAUGGGAGAUUAACGAGGCAUUUGCCAGUCAGGCGCUGCACUGCGUGAGGGAGCUUGGUCUUGAGGAUGCCUGGACGAAGGAGAAGGUUAACCCUGAUGGUGGAGCUAUUGCUCUGGGACAUCCUCUUGGUGCUACUGGUGCGAGAAUGGCGAGUACGCUUUUGCAUGGGUUGAAGAGGGAUGGUGGCGAGGUUGGUGUUGUGAGUAUGUGUGUUGGUACGGGGAUGGGUAUGGCUGGUAUGUUUGUUCGGGAGUAA